CGCCCUAGCUCCCGUGGGUCCCCGGUUCCAAGGAUCAGCGAGGUUUCUUGUCCCGGUUCAAGUCUUCACCUCUGGACCGGAAUGCGGAGUCCGAUCCCCGCAGCUCGCCCGCUGCCACCGCACCUCACCCGCUGAGCCUGGAGCGCCGGAAGACCCCGAGAGCGGCUCAUGGACGAGGCGGGCUCCCCGGCUCCUGCAGGGACAGGAGGAGGUGAUGACCCUGGAGGAAGCACAAGAGAGACAUCCCGGCGACUGUCAAGAGAACAGAUUUUUGUGCUGGUAUCAGCAGCAACCAUGAACUUGGGUUGCAUGAUGACCUAUUCCAUCCUUGGACCAUUUUUCCCUAAGGAGGCAGAAAAGAAGGGAGCCAGCAACACCAUGAUUGGAAUGAUCUUCGGAUGCUAUGCGUUAUUUGAAUUGCUGGCAUCUUUGGUGUUUGGAAAAUAUCUUGUACACAUUGGAGCCAAAUUUAUGUUUAUAGCAGGAAUGUUUGUCUCAGGAGGAGUUACAAUUCUCUUUGGUGUGUUGGAUCAACUUCCGGAAGGACCGAUAUUCAUUGCCAUGUGUUUUCUGGUGAGAAUAGUAGAUGCCAUAGGCUUUGGUGCGGCCAUAACAGCAUCGUCGUCCAUCCUUGCUAAGACUUUCCCAAAUAAUGUGGCUACAGUCAUGGGAAGUCUUGAGGUUUUUUCUGGACUGGGGCUGGUAGCAGGUCCCCCUUUAGGUGGCCUUUUGUAUCAAUCCUUUGGCUACGAGGUGCCCUUUAUUUUUCUGGGGUGCAUAGUUCUGCUGAUGAUACCACUCAACCUAUACAUUUUGCCUAGUUAUGAGUCCGAUCCAGGCAAGCAGUCCUUCUGGAAACUUGUCACCUUACCCAAGAUGGGCCUCCUAGCCUUCGUGAUCAUCUCUCUCAGCUCCUGCUUCGGCUUCCUCGACCCAACCCUGUCUCUCUUUGUCAUGGAGAAGUUCAGUCUGUCAACUGGAUACGUGGGACUGGUCUUCCUGGGUCUGUCUCUAUCCUACACCAUUUCUUCGCCGCUGUUUGGUCUACUCAGCGAUAAGAUGCCUAAUUUAAGGAAAUGGUUUCUGGUUUUUGGAAACUUAAUUACAGCUGGGUGCUACAUGCUCUUAGGACCUGUUCCUCUUCUGCACAUCAAAAGUCAGCUCUGGCUUCUUGUGCUGGUGUUGGUUGUAAAUGGCAUCUCCGCUGGAAUGAGCAUCAUCCCGACCUUCCCAGAGAUGCUCAGCUGUGCAUAUGCAAAUGGAUUUGAAGACAGCAUCAGUACACUGGGACUCGUAUCUGGUCUUUUUGGUGCCAUGUGGUCAGUUGGAGCUUUCAUGGGACCUAUCCUGGGCGGAUUUCUGUGUGAGAAAAUUGGUUUUGAGUGGGCAGCAGCUAUACAAGGCUUAUGGACUCUGCUAAGUGGUGUUGCGAUGGCCUUAUUUUAUCUCUGGGAGGACUCAACGGCAAGAAGAAGAUCUAAAGCUCAGAACAGCCUUGGCACAGAGGAGGAAAGAGCUGCUCUCUUGCCCAAUGACACCUAGCCUUGCAAGCUCUGGAUUGAUCCAGAUCCAGAGACUGGUGCCUUGACGGAGACUGCAGUGCCUGGAGGAGCUUCCUGUGAUCCGUGCUGCGGGAGCCAUUCUCUGCUUCCUGUAGUUCCAGAAAGCUGGCUCACCAAGGCAACAUCUAUGAGAAAGGGCAAACCAACCAACCGGAGCAGUGUUUCUAAAAGACCGACCUUGCCCGUCAGGUUUUUAUUGACCGUCUUUGCUUUCUUAUUCUUGUGUUCACUUUUCACCCCAAGUUCACUCCAAAGUGCUGUGGAUGUACCUCUUAAAAUGAAGCUAUUUAAUUUGCAUUGAACAUAUAAAAUAGAAUGAAUAAUUUCAUGAAACCAGUUUUGAAAGAUGGUCUUUCUCUGCACUGAAGUUUGUACUUGUCAAAAAGGCAAAAUUCCUGCCUGCCAUAUAAAAACUCCAGAGCAUUUCUUGGCUUUCAGUUUUUCUAAAAAUGUUCGCGUGACAGGUCCAAGAAAAAACGAUGCAUGCACUUGAGUCCUGUGACAUUUCCGUUCAUGAUCUUGGCUUAUACACAUUAUUUGCAUAACAUUGUUUCUAUUCUUAGCAUGUCUUUGUUUUAGUCUCAUAAUUUGUUUGCUUAUUGUGUUUACUACUUUUCAUACUCGUGGGAAAUGUGUUCCAUCACGAGGCAGGGCCACACCUGCCUCCAUCCAGCUAAUCGAGAGUCGUGUGCUCCACAUUGGAGAAACACUCCAACUUCACAGAAAGUCCUUGCUGCUACUUGAACUUAGAAUGUCAACUUUGUACCUCCUGAUUCAUUUCCAUAUUGUAGUAGCUACAUUUCCUUUCGAAGAGAAUAAUAAAUGAUUUUUUGUCUAGCUA